CCUACAAAGCCUUGCUGUCUUCCCUUGUCGUGUAUGGUUUCAUUUCCUCCACAAGCACCAACUUUUCUACUUCUUAGCCGCUACCUGCAGCUGCUCCUCCUACCUUGAUGGCCAUGAAUGAUCAUGGAGAAGAGAAGGCAUACUGCGAUUUCCACCCCAUGGAGUCGGUGGUAGGGAUAUGUGCUCUUUGUUUGAAGGAGAGGCUUCUUGUGUUGGCCUCGGAGCAACGCCACCAUCCCCUCCCCAGGAAGACAAACAGGUCCUUAAGAGUCCUGAGGAGGAAACGCAUCAUAAGGCUUCCUAAAGUCUUUGCUCUCGGCCCAUUCCUUAAUCUCCUCGAGCUGCGAUAUCAGGGAACUAAGGAUGACUCUGAUGAUGAAGGAUCCAUUGCCAGCCACGAAGAUUCGUUCAUAACAGUGAAGUUUGAUGAUGAUGGGCAUGCUUCAUGGGACAGCGAGGGCGCCGACAACACAGAGGAGAUCGAUGAGAGCAGAGGAAUGGAGGAACAGAUCGAGCACGACAACGCUCUCAAGUGGAAGAAGCGGAUCGGGCAACUCCUUCGCGUGGCGCGGUGGAGAACGCCGGACGCUGAUUUGCAGGGAGGAGCGAAGGGGAGGAGGGUUUGGAUGAGGAGCCUGACGAGGAGGAGGUCCACCAACGCCCACUGAUUCAGCGUGUGAAGAGUGGGAGCAGAGACUCUCUGUUUCCCUCUCGGCUUGUUGUGUUCUCCAGCUCGAGAGAGCGUGUCAGUGUGUGUGUGUGUGUGUGUGUGGAUGUGAGUAAUUGUGUUGGCUGUGUUUUCUUGAACGACCGCAAUGCGUUCGACCAAACGAGAGUGCGUGAGGCCAUGGCCACAUAACGGUGAGCAAGGAGACGCCGUCCUCCUCUGUUUCUGCUCGUCCCACUCCAGCACUUCAUGCAUGCAUGUGUCCGGUCUCUGACACAGUGAGUCCAGGUACUACGUGGCCCGACUGCACAAAGUCUCUGCACCAUCUUUUGGAAGAUAAAGCUUGGACAUCAUGCAAGCAAUCAUAGAUCUCAUAUAUGUA